CUCGACAAAGGGAAUGAUCCCCCUCACAAGGCGACAAGGCAGCUCGAGGACGAAACCAGUCACCUCGCACCACAUCAGCAGCAUGCCCCCACGUGGGCGCACGUGGUCCUGUCCCCUUAGCCUAGUAUAAAUACUCAUGUAAACCUCAGAAANCCCGUGUCAGUAGAGGACAACUGGAGAUGCUGAAGAAUCCAUCCAAGGCGCUACUCGACAAAGGGAAUGAUCCCCCUCACAAGGCGACAAGGCAGCUCGAGGACGAAACCAGUCACCUCGCACCACAUCAGCAGCAUGCCCCCACCCAACAGAUCAACGCUAUUUCCGCUCAGGUGCAUGCCACCAAUGAGGGUGCCAGCACCCCAGUGACUGCAACCAUACCGGUCAUUUCAGCCCCGGUGUUGCCUCUGGGUCUGAGCUCUGUCCCGACGGCCAGCGUGAUCAGUCCCUUCGCGACCCCCGUCCCUUCCGCCGGACCGAGGGUUACGUUCCCACCAAGCAUGGCUCAGUUCAUGAAUGACCCAGCCAACCUACAAGCCAUCCAGGGCUUUGGUCAGGUCAUGGCCAUGUGCCAGCAGAAUGUGGGGAUGCCUUUCCUCCCUGGUAUGUUCCCAUUCGCCCUUCCAGGCGCGGGAACCAUGCCCCUACAAGCUCCGAUGGCGGUGACGUCGUUCCAAACGCCGAUGCCGCAGUCAUCACCUUUCCAGCCCCAGAUGGUCAGCACCAUGGCCCCUGUCAACUUGGCCGGUGCACUUAACGCUGCAGGGCCGUCGCGUCCCCCGCAAGCUACGAAUCCGCAAAUCACUCCUGACGGUCAUUGCGUCUCGAUUGAGAGCGAUGACGGCGAGUGGGACAUCCCGAGGGCCCACAAGAAGAAGAAAGGAAAAAACAUCCGGCCAGCGACCUCCCGAAACUCCGCCUUCGAAAGGCUGGGGGAUAGGGAGGAAGGCCAGAGGAAGUCGGCCAAGCAGAGGCUGGGGCAGAGCGUUGCCCAUGUCAGCGCAUUCGCCCGGCUAGGCGAGGUGCGGGAGGCCGAGCCUGCCCGCACCCGGCGCUCCCGGUCUAACCGGCAGGAGCCAGCGAGGACGAGGGCCUCUCACCAGAAAGGGGAGGCAGAAAGCCAGCCCAGGUUACCGGUGGCAAACCGGUUAACCAUCCCAAACGACCGCGUCCAGCAGAUGGAGGCAAAGUUGGAAAGGCUGGAAAAGAAGGUCGGAGAGAAGAAUGACCGGGACAAACCCCUGGCAGGGUCCCCGUUUACCACAAGGGUCCAUCUGACACCUUUCCCGCGAAAUGUCAAGAUCAACGCCCCCAGAUUCACCGGGAAGGAAUAUCCGGAAAUCCACCUGGACUCCUUCAACCAGAGUGCGACCAUGAACGAGGUGGAGAAGGUGGAAGAGAUGGAUGACAAGACCGUCCUCUCCCUCCUCUUGAAUGGCUUGCGUGCUGGGGAACUAUACAAGGAGUUCUGCCGGAAACCCCCAGCCACGUACCAAGAGGCCUACCAUACUGCAUGGGAGUUUGCUGAAGCUGAAACCCAGCUCCGGGCAAAGAGGGAAGCUGAGCAUGGUCACAAGCCCAAGCCGGUGCAGGUCAAGAAGGAAAAAGCACCGGGAUCUAGCCGGCCGAGGCACCACUAUGACCCGGUCAUCCGAGUGGUCAAUACGGAAGAAUGCCAAGAAGUCCGGAAAGCACCGGUCAUUCCUCCAGAAAACCCUACCGGUCAAAUAGGGCGGCAGUGGUCGGGCACCUAUUGUUCGUACCACAGGUCAGAUUCCCAUAACACCUCCGAAUGUAAGAGUGUUAAGGGAGUAAUCCGGCAGAUGAUAGACAGUGGAGAGCUGGGCAACGAUUACUUGCAGAGAGCCCAAGAGAAGAGUCAUCAGUGGGUUAGGCCAGCUGCCCCAGGGAACGACCGGGACAAUGACCGGCGGAGGAAUAACCGGCCAAGGGAGCGACAACCUGCUCCCGAAAAAGAGCACAUCGGCAUGAUCUUCGGCGGACCCGAGGGUGGAGAUUCAGCCGCGCAGCGGAAGAACUGGGUCCGGAGCAUUUACGUUGGAGAGGUAAGUGCUGAACCGCCCAGGCGUAAACAUACUAGGAGGGAGCCGAUCGUCUUUACUGACCGGGAUCUCACUCCUACCGGUGAAGAUCACAAUGAUCCAUUGGUCAUCACCAUGGAAAUUAAUGGGGUGGAUGUCGCCCGGGUACUUGUUGACACCGGCAGCAGUGUCAACAUCUUAUACCUGGAGACCUUCCAAAAACUCAGGUUGUGUCGAACACAACUUGAACCUCUCAAAACCCCUCUCUCAGGCUUCACGGGGGACACCGUUGAAGCUGAAGGAUCCAUAGUUCUACCGGUCGAAUUAGGAUCAGGUGAAAAGACCGUGUGGAAGAAGAUGCGGUUCAUAGUUGUGGACAUCAAAUGCAUCCACAACGCAAUUCUUGGAAGGCCAGGCAUCAAUAGAGUCGGGGCGGUGAUUUCCAUGCCUCAUCUAUGCAUGAAGUUCCACACUCCAGGUGGUGUGGGUGAGGUGAAGGGCGACCAGAGGAACGCCCGGGAGUGCUAUGCCCGGGAGAAAUUGGAGCCCGAGGCCGAGACGGUGGAAAUCGAACUUCACCUGGGUGAUUCUUCGAGGAUGGUCAGAAUUGGAGCAAAUCUCCCCGAGGAUCUCAAGGAGCAGAUUACACGGGUCCUCCAAGAAUACGCGGGCAUAUUCGCAUGGAGCGUGGCGGAUAUGCCCAGUAUAGAUCGCUCUGUUUUCUGCCACCGGUUGGCCGUGAGAGAGGGAAGUCGACCGGUACGCCAAAAGAAGCGGUACCUGGCCAGUGACCGGCGAGACUUUGUCAAGAAGGAGGUGAAAGACCUCCUCAGUGUUGUGUUGCGAAAUUUAACAUCCUCCGGGAGGAUGGUGAAGUGGGCGAUGAUGUUAACUCAAAUCCACAUUGAGUACCGGCCAAGGUCGGCAAUUAAGGGACAGGCCCUAGCUGAUUUCCUGGUAGAAAUGACCGGUCUAACUCCAGACUUACCGGUCAACAAGCCCACUGAGCAAUGGUGGGAGAUGGCAGUUGACGGGGCAUCCGGUCCUAGAGGAUACGGGGGUGGUAUCGUGUUCACCACCGCAGAAGGGUUCAAGAUCUACCAUGCAAUCGUCUUCAACUUCAAACUGACGAACAAUAUGGCAGAAUAUGAAGCUCUGGCUGGAGGGCUCAGACUUGCCCAAGCCCUGAAAAUCAGCCGGGUCAGUAUCAAAUCUGACUCUAGCCUGAUAGUUGGGCAAGUGACCGGUAACAUGGAAGCAAGGGAAGGACGCAUGGCAUAAUACAAGGACCUUGUACAUGCCCUGUUGAGAGGCUUCGAAGAGUUCAAGAUCGCCCAAAUUCCCCGGGCGGAAAACGCGGAUGCAGACCUUCUCUCCAAAUUGACGCAGUAUGCUCCCGAGCAUGUUUCAAAACUUGCCCGGGUAGAGAUCCUUGACCACGCAAGCAUCGAAAAAUUGGAAAUCGCCGCUAUAACGGCCGGAAGCCAAUUUGACCGGUCAAACUUGGUCGGGGCGGACGACCAUUGGAUGUAUGAUCUGAUGGAAUAUUUGGUGGAUGGGAGCUUGCCAGAACAAGAUGACCGGGCAAGAAAAGUGAAGCUCAGGG